CUUUGUGUUAGAACCCAGAAAAGCCUUUGAAACAUGUCAAAUCCUCAUUGCAAACUCACAAUUAAGCUUCUACUAUCAUGCUUUGUUAUAUAUUCAACAUUUAGUAUUCUAAACUAUUUACUUUUUACUGGAAGCAAUAUCAAAAACCUGCUGAAUGAAAGACGUCCUCAGAAAUAUCAGCCGUAUCCGAUAAUUGAGGCUGGAGGGGGUCUGAAUAUUUCAUCUGAAAAUAUUGCAAUAGUGAUUAUUCUUUCAAAAUCUCAUGAUCGGAGCUAUUAUCAAAUUGCAAUCGAUAGUGUGGAGUGCUACGCAAAAGCUCACGGCUAUGAAUUCGUUCUCACCAAUGAUUCUAAUUUUGGAUGCGAUCAUAUCAAAAUAAACAUUUUCCGCCGGCACUGUGUUCUGGCGAAAAUCUUGGUUGACUAUGAAGCCGUCGUUCAUAUUGAUGGCGACAUGGGAAUUGUGAAUCCCAAACGGAGGAUUCAGGAGUAUAUGACUGAAAGUUCAGAUAUUGUGUUCUACGAUCGCCAUUUUGCUCCAGAAGUUGCUAUGUGUUAUAUUGUGAAGAACACCGAAUAUGCUAUAACGUUACUGAACGAGUUUGCCGAGUACGAAAGAAAGCUGCCGAAUAGCUCACACGGAUCAGAAAAUGGUGCACUACAUAUUUUCCUUGCCGAAAAAUUGUUCCCGCACAAUCAAAUCGACAUUGACGUUUGCCGAAUCGCUUGGGAGAACUCUUGGAAUAUCGUUGACCAAUUUGCAUACACACAUUGCAUCAGAGCAAUUUUUGGCGCUUCAAUCGAUUUUGACAAGAUUAGGAUCUUAAGAAAGGGCACUGGAUUUGCUCGUGACGACUGGAUCACCGGCGGCGUUUGGAGUCCUGAGCGAGAUUUUAUGCUGCACGGAUGGAAGAUGCGUCAACUUGCGCCGACACCCGCCGGAGUUGUCAAGGCUGGAGCGAUGAGUGAAUUGAUUUGGUAUUCUCCGUUUUUGGGAAGCUUUGAUAUGGAGAAGUGCAGCAUGGGAAACACUACAUGGUACUACAACCCAAGUUUGAUUGCAUCAAGAGAAACUGUAGAGGUCGUGUUGCAGCAGGAAGAUGUGAUAAGUGCGGCGAGAAAAGUCAACUACUUCUAUCGACUGUAUAAAGUUAUCACGAACAGCUUCUGGUGGUACAUUUAUCAGUCGCAUGUUUGGAAAAGUGAUUAUCCACUGUAUUUCUUGAAUGAAUAAUAAUUUCUAUGAGUAUAAAAUCGUGUCUCUAAUUGAA